CCGUCCCACUCAAGCCGUCCGUCUUCGUAAAUUAUCGUCGCGUAUACUGGACCGUCCUAUCUCAUUUUCCUCUUUCAUAUCUAGAGCUGGCAAGCAGAAUCUCGGUACAAUUCUCCGAUUAAAGCCAGAAAAAUGAGCACGGCACCAUCGUUCACAUUCGUCAAUGUCAGCAAUGCCCCCGGUCUAGGGCCGAAAGAGGCCAAACAGAUGAGAGGCCAUAUUACCAAGACGAAUUUUGCCAAGCGGAGACAGAGAUUAGGCAAGAAGAAGAAAGGAAACUCCGCUCAACCUUCAAAUGCAUCUUCUACCUUGAUCACAUCAGACGAGCGGCAGUUGCGGCAUGCGGUCAAGCCGGGAUCUGACAGUUUGCUCAUACGCAUGGUCGAGCCUCAACACUCUUCCGUCGAAUACUUACUUUGCGAGUACCGUGCGCUAAUCUUCCCAGCAGGCCUCGGCUCUCCCGGAUCAAACCGAGAAGCAGACUGGAUCGCCCUACUGCACUCGGAGCCAGCCCUAGUCGAGGCAUCCAUGGCCAUAGCGAUAAGACAUUCACCCAGGCUCCAGAACAUUCAGUGUAUUCGUGAGGCGUCCGUGCGUAAAGGAAGGGCUAUCAAGCUCAUCAAUCAGCGACUCGACACGCCCUUGGGAUUGACCGACGGCGUGCUCAGUGCUGUCUUCACUUUGACCUUUGCCGAGCUUCUUGAGAGUGACACCAAAGCGAGAGACGUUCACAUCCAAGGUCUGGCCCAAAUGAUCAAAGUUAGACGUUCCUUAGGCAAUACAGCCAUCCCAUCAUGGUUCGGCGAUUUUAUCCUGUACGAUUCAAUUGGUCAUACAAUCUUAUCUGCCAGCUACUCCAAUUUACCUCUCAUCAAUGCAUUGCGAAAUGAAGAUGACCCUAAGCAGAUGGACGUCGCAGCAAUUCGAUCUGAUGCCAACGAGUUGCGUCAAUUAAUCGAUAAUUACCAUACCUCAACUACGCCGAAGCAAGAUACAGCACCUAUCAUUAGGUAUGAGGUUCAGCGUCUACAACUGAAAGUGGACACACUGUUGGGAAGCCAAGAACAUUACAUCCGCUCUUUGCAUGAUUCUCUACAGCUUUUUCUGUCGCUAUUAUGGCCUAUAGAGGAGCGGAAGUCGCUGGAUAUUAGAGCUGAGAACUUGAAGUUUUCCCUGCUACAACCCCAUAUCAGGCUCUGCUCCUCCAUGCAGCUACUGGUCUGGCAGCUAUUCGUUGGUGCUGCUGCCGCGGAACCUGCGAGUGAGGUUCGAUCUUGGUAUGUUAUCAGAUUACGAGAAGUUGUAAGCUCUAUGAGAAUCGGGGGACAGGAUGUUGCGAUGGAGACUCUUACGGCCGUUUUCGCACCUGAUGCUCGCCUGUUGGAGAAGUUCAAGACGGUCUGGGAUGAGGUCUCGUUUGGGCAACAACCAGUAUAAAUAGCUAUAAAUCCCCUCUAAAUAUUGCAUUAUCCUUCUUUUUUCACGAAUUGACAAGAGGAGAUUAAACGGGAAAUUAUUUCCGCAUGAAUUGGUCUGGCAACUCCACUGUCACUCGACGUCACGUGGAGCAGCCCCCAGAUGAGUCAAUAAC